AUGACUUUUACUGAUGAGAGUAGAGGUCCUCAUUUGCCACUAGGAAUCCCAGAUCCCAUGUCGAAGCAUAAUACCAUGAGUUCGAACGUCUCGAAUAUGAGAUCGCAACAACUUGCUAAUCUGCAACAGCUGCAUAGUCUUCAACAACAUACAAGGAGUCUUACUUCCGUAGAUUAUGCCAACCAACAACAGGCUGGUUUCUCACUACCGCAGUCGAAUCCAUACCCUCAGUCAUCAGAUAAUAACACGUUUCUCUCUCAGAACAACACUGCCUCGGGUCAAAAUGUCCAGUCUAAUAGUAUAACCACCAUUCAAAACAACAACAAUCCUCCCAUCAAUCGCAGCAAUAAUGUGUCAAAUCAACAGAAAAACUCACUGACUAGUGCUUCUUUGAAGUCUAAAAAUUUGCCAAGAACCUCGUUCCAACAUCAGCAAGACCCAAGGUCGCCUCUUUUAAUCUUAAUACCCACUUCAGCACAACCUACCGAUGUGCUAGCACAGAGAUUUGCCGCCUGGAGAAGCGUUAUCAGAUCUAUCCUCACCUAUUUGACGGAAACUGCGUCAAUACAGGACGAAAUCGUAAGACAACAGCUCAGAUUGUCUCAUUCCAUACAAUUCCCAUUCUUCUCGGUGGAAAAUCAACCUCAACCUUCUUCUAGUGAAGACAAGAUGAUUCAGAAGUUCUUCUUACCUUUGGGGAACGGAUCAGUUCAGGAUCUUCCAACUGUCUUGAGCCAGUACCAUGGAACUUUGGCUUCCAUGGCCUCCAAGGCUUCUAAGGAGUUAACUAACGAAGUAAUACCAAGGUUAGAAGAUUUGAGAAGAGACCUUCUCGUUAAAAUCAAAGAAAUUAAAUCUUUACAAUCUGAUUUCAAAAAUUCAUGUGCUAAAGAAUUACAACAGACUAAAAAUGAUAUGAAACAUUUCAUUGAAUCUUUGAAAGAUAUCAAAUAUAAUAAUCCGCCAAAACACGAUCCUUACCUGUUAAAGAUAGUGCUGGACAAACAAAUCAAGAAACAACUUAUAGAAGAAAAUUUCUUGCAUGAAGCGUUCGAUAAUCUACAAACUUCUGGUGCUGAAUUGGAAAAAGUCGUCGUCAUGGAAAUUCAAAACGCUUUAACCAUUUAUGCAAGAUUAUUAGGUCAGGAAUCACAACUGGUUUUCGAUAUCCUUAUUUCAAAACUAGACUUAGGUUUUUUCAAUAAAGAACCAAAUUUUGAAUGGGAUAAUUUCAUUGCAAGAGAUUCAAAUUUUAUUUCUCCAAAUUUACCAAUGAGGAAAAUGAAAGAAAUCGUUUAUAAAUACCAAUAUGAUCCACUAACCUACGAAAUUAAAUCUGGAUUUCUGGAAAGAAGAUCAAAAUUCUUAAAAUCUUACUCAAAGGGGUUUUAUGUGCUUUCACCAAAUUUCUUACAUGAAUUCAAAUCCGCUGACAGGAAAAAAGAUUUAAUCCCUGUAAUGUCCCUGUCUUUGAGUGAAUGUUCCGUUGCUGAACAUUCAAAGAAAGGUAGUAGUGACCAUAAAUUCAUUUUACAUGCAAAGCAAAAUGGUAUAAUACAUAGAGGUCAUAAUUGGGUCUUUAAGGCUGACUCAUACGAUUCGAUGAUAUCAUGGUAUAAUUAUUUGAAAAGAUUCACAAACUUUUCAGAUUUACAAGAAAAAUCCAAGUAUAUCAAAGAACAUUUUGAUUUAAAUAACAACGAUAGAGACAUUGACGAGCAAGAUAAUGAGGAGAAAUUUCCAGGUACGCCGAAACAAGACUUGCACCAAAAUGAAGAGGACCCCACUGUUACACUCUCGACACCAAAGUUAGACACCAUCACAAAUACAAACACAACAUCAUCUCUUCCCGACACUAAUAACUCCAAAAUUCAAGAUACUAUUCCUAAUUUUUAUAUCGAAACAAUAAAUCCAGAUUAUAAGGAUUAA